GCGGACCUGGUAUAUGUGAAUUAUGGCCGCACCGAAGAUUUUUUCAAGCUGGAGCGUGAAAUGGGAAUUAACUGCACAGGAAAGAUUGUGAUUGCCAGAUACGGGAAGAUCUUCAGAGGAAACAAAGUUAAAAAUGCCAUAUUAGCAGGCGCCCAAGGGAUUAUACUUUAUUCAGACCCUGCUGACUACUGUGCCCCAGGAGUAAAGGCUUAUCCCGAUGGCUGGAAUCUUCCGGGUGGAGGAGCCCAGCGUGGAAAUGUAUUAAACCUGAAUGGGGCAGGGGAUCCUCUGACACCAGGUUAUCCUGCGAAAGAGUACACUUUCAGGUACAAAGUUAAUGAAGGUGUAGGGAUGCCCAAAAUCCCAGUUCAUCCCAUUGGAUAUCAUGAUGCGGAAAUAUUAUUACGCACAAUGGGAGGAGCUGCAGCUCCCGACAACAGCUGGAAGGGAAGUCUCAAUGUGUCGUAUAACAUAGGGCCAGGAUUUGCAGGAAACACCUCUACAAGAAAAGUCAGGAUGCACGUCCACACAAUCAAUAAAAUAACGCGAAUUUACAACGUCAUUGGCAUCCUCAGAGGAGCUGUGGAACCAGACAGAUACGUUAUUUUAGGAGGUCAUAGAGACUCGUGGGUGUUUGGUGGCAUCGACCCAACCACAGGUGCGGCUGUUCUGCAAGAGGUCGUACGGAGUUUUGGUAAAAUGAAGAUGGAAGGUUGGAGACCAAGGCGAACUAUUAUUUUUGCUAGCUGGGAUGCAGAAGAAUUUGGAUUAUUGGGUUCCACAGAAUGGGCUGAG